AGAUGGUGGACAAUCGAUUGGAAAACGCAUGUUAGAUCAUACUCCGACUUAAAUUGUAACAAAAAUGUCGGAUUCUGUUGUUGCACACAACAUAAGUGAGAAAAAGAGAACAAAUGAUGUCCUGAUAAGUGACAACAUUGACUUUGCAGGCCUUCUUUUAUCUCCUCCGGUUCUUCAAGGAUUGAAAAGCUCGGGAUUCGAAAGGCCCUCUCCUAUACAGCUGAAGGCAAUCCCUCUUGGGAGAUGUGGUUUAGAUCUAAUUGUCCAAGCAAAGUCAGGGACUGGAAAGACAUGUGUGUUUUCUGUUAUUGCUCUUGAAGGUUUGCAGACAGCCAGCUAUGCAUUACAGGUGUUGGUGCUGGCUCCGACCAGGGAAAUCGCCAUCCAGAUCUGGGAGGUGAUCCGCGGGAUUGGGAGGAAUGUGUCGCACCUCUUCUGUCAGACAUUCAUAGGUGGUAUGCCAAUUCAGGAAGAUCGACAGAAGCUUAAGAAAUGUCACAUCGCUGUUGGAACACCAGGUCGAAUUAAACAGCUGAUAGAGACUGGGAUGAUGACCACCGAGAGUAUCAGGAUGUUUGUCCUAGACGAGGCUGACAAAUUACUUGAGGAAGGUUUUCAGGAGCAAAUCAAUUGGAUCUAUUCCUCCCUGCCUGAUAACAAACAGAUGCUGGCCCUGUCCGCUACUUACCCAGAGUAUUUAGCUCAACACCUGACCGCCUACAUGAGGAAUCCUACCUUUCUCCGUCUCAACAUUUACGAUCCUGCUCUUCUGGGAAUUAACCAGUACUACCGCUCUGUGCCCUACCAUCCCCUGCCACACAAACAGUUUGAGAACAAGACCAAAAUUGUCACAGAGAUACUGUCCUCUGUCAAUUUCCAGCAGUGUCUGAUCUUCUCAAACUUACAGACAAGAGCUCAGAAUAUGGCUGACGCCCUGACCAGCCGUGGUUGGCCCACUGCCUGUAUUGCUGGAUGUCUAGACCAGAAGGACCGGAACGAGGCCAUGAGUAAACUGAAGACAUACAAGUGUAGAGUUCUCAUCUCUACAGAUCUGACCUCACGAGGAAUUGAUGCUGACAAGGUAGACUUAGUGAUAAACCUGGACAUCCCAAAGGACCAUGAGACGUAUCUCCAUAGGAUUGGCCGAGCAGGGCGGUUUGGAACAUUUGGAGCUGCCAUCACCAUCAUCAGCCAAGGUCAGGAGGAGCUUGACCUUCAGUCUGUAGAGGGGAAAUGUAACACUCACAUCACACCACUACCUGACCCCAUACCAGAAGACCUACCGAAGUCUGAAUGUAAGAUUACCAUUGAUGAUGUGGUCUCGUCCAAACAGAUCAUUACUUCACCAAAAAAUAGAGACACCUUCCUUAAAAAGAAAAGUCGUAACAGGCGAAACAAAAAUAAACAACAGAAAGAUUCAUCACUUGAACAAAAAUCAGAUCAAACUACCCUUCAAGAUGAUCAGUCAGAGGUGAUUGAAGACAUUCUGUCGUCUGCUGAUGAACGGAAAGAUGACUCCGGCACUCUCAAUGGGCAUACCAGUAACCUCACAGAGACAGUGAAUAGUACCGAAUCUGAUCUAAAUAUAGCAAGGAACGUGGAGGCAACUCAGAAAAUGACUGAAGGGAUAAAUUACAAUUCAUUGGAACAGACAGUACAAAACGCAACACUUGUGAGGUGUGAAAACGAUUCUGCUGAUGUGAAAACACAAAAUCAAACUUUGAAAUGUUUUGUUGGUGAAAAUUAUGAUAAGGAUUCUCCAUCUGUUCCAUCAGAUGGCAGUGAUAUUGUUUCUUCUAGUCUUCCUCUUCAGAUUCCCUCUUUUAAGAGUUCUGUAUGUUACAACCCUGUUGGUAAACCUCAUACCUAUGAGAGUGCUAAAUUAGACUUGGAGCAUCACAAGAAUAGCCAUGAUAAAGACAAUACUGUGGACACCAACAACAGACAGUUCAAGGUCAAGGUCACCUCCGCUGCCCGGCGUUUUGUUGAUCCAACAGCUAAACAGGAUUUGCUUCGGAAAAUAUCUCUUGUUCUUCAAAGUUCCAAAAGUUCCACCUUAACAACUCCCUCUGAAGGCGUUACGCCUUCUGAUGUAAGCAAUAGUGUGACAGGGAAGGAAUUCAAGUUGCAACCAUUAUCAGUGGAAGUUUCUUACACAGAGGCACAGAAACGGAACUUAUCUGAUAAAAGGGACCUUAUUGUCCAACAAUGUGACAGUGGUUUGUUGAUACCAGUGAAUGAAAGAAGUCUUCAUUCAUCAUCAGAACAACUAGUCCAGGACAGCUAUACAGCCCAGAAACAAAAAGUUAAGGACAUCGAUACUGCCCGGAAACAACUGUCAACUUGCUAUUAUGGAUCAUCUAUCUCAAAGUCCGUUUCCAGACCUCGUUCACAUGAUGGACCCUCACAAAGCACAGGUUUACAACAUGCUAAUCAAUACAGUAUUAAAGACCGGGAAAAACCAUCAAAUAUCCGUGAAACGAAAUCUGUUACCAAAGCCAGUGACAUCAGAAAGACAUCCAUUGCUAGGAAUCCUAGUGAAUCUCUUAACAUUCCAGCAGAUGAUAUGCUGGAGCCCUCCCAAGCAUUAAUGACUGCCAUUGCUAAUGUAAUGAAAAAGAUUUUGAUUCAUGAAAAGUGUAGCAAAGAUCAACUGGAAGAGAAAAUUUUCAAAUUUUUGAGGAAAUCCUUAGAGACUGACAGAAAGUUGAAAAAAGAAAGUGGAGAGAUAGAGGAUGAAUCGGAUAUAUCAGAAACUGACUCAUCGUCUGACAGUGGCUCAUCAGGAGAGGACUCGGACGACGAGCGGACACAGGUAGAGGAGGAUGGCCCGGUAGAGGAGGAUCGUUACGAGGAGUUUCUACAGGAAGAAGGAUACAGAAAUCAGACGGAGUGGGAUGAAUGUGUAGAGCAUAGUGACGACGAUGAAGAGGAAUAUGCAGACUAUGACACAUGUUAUGAGAAUCCUAAAGUGUCAGAAUUUCCACCACAAUAUACACAGUGGAACACCUGGGGUUAUCCCUAUCCUGUCUCAGUCCCGCCCUAUUACUACCCUUACCCUCCCUACGGGUGCUAUCCAAUGUUUCCCGGUUAUCCGACCCCCGGGUACCAGCCCUGGGGUACCAACACACAGACCCAGCAAUACCUUCAGGUUGUCAUGGACAACCAGGCACGGUACAUACAUCAAAUGCUGCAUAAAACAUAACAGUCCCUUCUUGUGUCUGGUCUGAUAACAUAGAGACAGUUGCAGUCAGUUGUAUCGACUGAUAGCCAUUCGUAGUAACUUUAACUUUGCUGUCAUUUGAUGAAAAAAUUAUCUAUACAGCAACCUUUAAUCUGAUAGUUCAGUGUUACUAUGCAUCAAGUGGUUUGGAGAGAUUAAUUUGAAUAUAUUUCUAUAAAGUCGUGUUUCAUUAAUCUAACCAUCAAUAAUCCAAUUGUUUUUCUUCCAAGUACAUGUAUAUGCAGCCAAUGUUCAGGGGGAUGGAUGGAAAAUAAUUAUCCUCUUACUGUUCAUAAUUUGAGUGUGCCACUAGUCCAUCCAUUUCACAUUUCUGUUACAUAGCUGGGAACAAAGGUAACUAAAUUCAGUAGACUUCACUUUGUAGUGUUAAUUUUUGAAGAGGAAUUAAUUUCCUUGAAUUUUCUACGUGGAUAACAAUUCACAAAUUCAAAGUACCUCGUGAGUAGAUAUAUAGUUUGAUAAGGGAAUUGUAAAAAUAAGCAUAACUGAAACCUACAAAGAUAUCUCACUUUUUUGGAGAGCGGUAAAAUACCCUCACGGUAGAAUACUCGGUAAAUAUAAAUUGAAUGUAUUUGUGCAUUUUGUUGCUAGCUAUUGCAUGUAACUUGAAAAUUGUCAUAAAUGCACAGAGAUAUGAAUGGCCAAUAUGUUUACAGCAGUCAAUUCUAGUGUUGUCUACAAGUUGACAACAGUUGUAUAAUCGAGUUUCCUCCUAGUCACCAAAGGACUAUGUAUGGUUUGGGCCUGUUUUGGCCCCCAAAUGCAUCACAAUUCAAAACCUUUAAAUAAACUUUCAAACGACUGUUUCUUUAGUUUUGAAUACUUCCAAAAUAAUAUCAUGAAAAUAUUUGUUUGUAUUUCUAAUUAUUGUAAUCAUGGUAACAACUUCAAAUUUCAGUGAAUAUUGUCAAAUUUUGCAUAGUUUUACUCCUGGAAACUAGAGAGCACAUGCUUGAACAAACUUAAUAUCAAAGGAUAAUGUUUAGGCAUGUGAAAUACAUCUUUAGGAGAAAUAUCAAGUUUG